AUGGUUACAAGAAUACCCAACGAGGACGGUACUAGCCACACCCCUCUCAACUACUUUGAGCUACAUCCUAGGCGUUUAGCCAAUUCGACGCGUCGCGAUGUGCAAGCCACGCUCUCGUCCUUCCGAUUCUCCCAAAACACCGUCGAGAGCCCAACGAGUGGCACGACUGAAGCUUCCAGUCUGAUCAACUCCUCGGACGAUGAGGAAUAUGUCGAGCCUCUGUGUAUAAUGGAUGCCAGCAGCCGCAGACCUAGCGUGCAAAGGACAUCUAGCGCACCCGAGCCCUCCUCGUCCAAGUCCACGCUCUUCGUAGAGCCAUCGGAUCCAUCCGUUCUGCGUCCAUCUCUAGCGCGUUCUUGCUCCGAAAGUCGUGCCUCUGGCGUGCUUGAGCGCAGGCGCCGCAAACUCAAGUCGAGGAGUAACGCUCUUCCAUCCACCCUGAUCCUCGAUCUGGCAAAUUUACCCAUGACCAUAGGAGCAAGCAAUGUGGGCCUCUUGCGCGCCGCUCGCAAGGCCAUCGCCGAGCCUACCGGCUUCGAUUGGGGACGUGCAGCCGUGUCAGCCCCACCGUCUUCUAAUAGUUCGCGCUUCGUGACACAUCAAGAGCAGAAGCCCCGCAUGUCUUCGCCUUUUCGGACCGUCAAGCUUGCCACGACCAUGUCUCUGUCUGCAUCCACUGCAUCCUCUACUUGGAGAUUGCCAGAAUCACCCCAUGCAGAUGCUAGCCCGCUGCCGUCACGCUCGUGCGCGGGAUCAUACUGGAGCAACCGCGCGUCUUCUUCAGAGGAAUCUGAAUGGGACUGGGCCUUGUCCGGCAACGCGCGAGCCACGCACGACGCUCUGCGCUACAGCACGCACAAGGAGAAGAGAGCGCCUGUGCACGAUAUCUGGAAUCAAUUGCCAGAUUGGAUGAGCCGUCGCUCCUCUUUGGGCGGACGCGAUGCCGAUCUCUCGUUGCGCGGCCCGGGUCUUUUCAACUCUCUCGGUAUGAGCAAACUGACCAAAGACUCAGCACCAGCAAGCGGAGGUGCAGCAGCACCUACACCAUCAGCUCUAGCACUUUCGCUUUCUCAAGCUUCGCUUUCCAAUCUCAGUCCGCGCAACAGCAUUUCGGGUCGAGGCCGUGCAGCCCAGGCAUCGAUGUGUGUUCCCUAG